AUGGCCCAGCCAACGUCAGACACCAAGAUCUUUGUAGCGGCAGAUGAAGCGGAAAGGUUUGUGCGAGAGGUACUUAUGGGAAAUGGAGUUCCUAAAAAUAACGCGGAGAUUGUUGCACGCUGUCUGAUUGCAGCAGAUUUGCGCGGGGUUGACACACACGGGAUGAAUCGUAUUCCUUCGUACCUCGAACGCGUCCGGCAAGGGGUCCUGGACGGCACGGCAACGCCCGAAGUCAAUCAAGUUACGCCUGCAGUAGCUCAAGUUGAUGGAAGAAAUGGAUGGGGCUUCGUUGCUGCAGACGUGGGCAUGGCUGCCGCUAUUGAUUCUGCGAGAGUCUAUGGUAUUGGAAUGGCCAGCGUCAAGCAUUCUAAUCAUUUUGGAAUGAGUGCAUGGGUAGUUCAGAAAGCUUUGGAUGCUGACAUGAUGAGUCUGGUCUUUACCAAUUCCAGUCCUGCUUUGCCGGCAUGGGGAGGAAAGUCCAAGCUACUAGGCGUGUCGCCGAUAGCCUGCGGCGCGCCUGGAAAUGAGACUCCAUUUAUUCUCGACAUGGCACCGUCGAUUGCGGCAAGAGGCAAGAUCUAUAAAGCUAAAAGGAGGGGGGAGCCGAUUCCUUCGGAUUGGGCCUUGGACAAGGACGGAAAUGCGACGACGGAUCCUGCCGCAGCUCUUGACGGGGGUGUUAUGCUUCCAAUGGGUGGUCCAAAAGGAUCGGGUCUGGCCAUUAUGAUGGACGUCUUUUCUGGGGUCUUGUCGGGAUCCGCCUUUGCGGGAAAUGUCACUGGUCCAUACGAUCCCUCUAAGCCAUCUGACGUUGGCCAUUUCUUGGUUGCGAUUAAACCGGACCUCUUCAUGAGCUUGCAAGAAUUCAGAGAUCGCAUGCAAUACCUAUAUGACAAGGUGGUUGGCGCAGACAAGGCGGCUGGAGUAGAGCGUAUAUACUUUCCUGGAGAACUAGAGCAGUUGCAGCAGAAAGAGCGCGAAACAACAGGUAUUCCGUUAGUACAGGCUGAGAUUGAUGCACUGAAUGGCGAAGCGUCAAGAGUUGGAGUCAGACCUCUGCAGGUCAAAUCACCGUAA